AUGCUUUCCACCAAGCAGCAGCGAGCGCGCCGCCAAACCGCGCCGUCUGGGCCACCGCGCAAGCCAACCGCCCAUGAAACCGAGAAGAACCCCGAAGCCCAGACAAAGGAGCCAUCAAAUUUGCUGCAAUGGAGCGUUCCGAGUUGGAAUAAUGAGCUUGAGUUCUCGCAAUGGCUCAAUGGCGUCAAGGAUGAUUUGAUCGAAGAGAGCUACGACGAAUACCAGAACUGCCUAGAUGAACUUCAACAUUCCAAAGAACACAUUGACGAAAUCCUGAUGAGCACCUUGACCCUCCUCGAUGACUUGUCCAGCCUAUCUGAAUCAUUUAAAUCGGUCGAGACGCAGACGUCGCACUUCGAGAAACAAUGCGAGGGGCUACUGACGGCCCAGGAACGGGAUUCAAAACUUGCAAAAGGCAUUCAGAAUAACCUUCACUACUAUGACUUCUUGGACCCAGCAUCCCGGCGUCUUAAUGCCCCUGGGGCUGGAAACACCGUUCGCGACCCGGAGUUCUCGGACAUGUUGAGACGCCUUGAUGUGUGUCUAGAUUACAUGGAGACACAUUCGGAGCAAAAGGAGGCGGAGGUUUACCGCGCCAGAUAUCGGUUGCUCCUCACGCGUGCUCUUACACUUAUACGCGGGAAUUUCGUGUCUAAUCUCCGGGAGAUUUACCAAAGUGUCGCCAAGAAGGUUUCGGACCAGUCCUUGAAUGAUACAGCCCUGUCGGCCCUUCUUUAUGCCAAAUUUCGAGUCGGGGCGCCCGAAUUGAAGCAAAUUGGAGUAGAGAUUCAGAAGAGAGCCGUACCCCCGCUCAACGCCGACCAAAGCAAUGAAGCCGAAUACCAAAGCUUGAUGGAUGAAUUACACACCAAUUAUUCCACGACCCGGGCACGGCUCAUUUUCCCGCUCGCUCGCAAAAAGCUGAAUGAGAUCACGCAAGCUCCUAGUUCAUCCACCGACCUGGUUGAGUUUGCUCGGACUAGCAUUAGCUACAUUCGAGGGUUGUGUUUGGACGAAUAUGACUUGUGGGGCGAGUGGUUUCAUGGCCAGGGAGGCCUCUAUGACUUCCUCGAAACACUAUGCGAGCCGCUCUAUGACCACCUGCGCCCUCGGAUCAUCCACGAGACCAGUAUUAUCAAGCUCUGUCAACUUUGCACACUACUCCAGACUCGCUACUUCUUCGAUCCAGAGGAAGAACCGGAGCCAGCCGAAACAAACCACCUGGACUUUUCCAUCUUGAUCCAGCCCGCUCUGCAGGAUGUCCAGACCCGACUUGUUUUCCGCGCCCAGGCGUUUUUGCGUGAUGAAAUCGAAAGAUACAAGCCUCGUCCUGAAGACAUUGACUAUCCUAUGCGCAAUCGACAAGUAUCUCUUACUGUCACAGAUACCCAGAUUUCAGGUAAAAAGGAUAUUUCUGUCAGCACAGCGGCCGACAAAACCUCUCCCAAACCAGUCGAGGAAGCCACCGAUUUGACACAGGAGAAAGACGGAAAGUGGGAUUUUGAUACACAGACGGCGCUGAAAGGAUGGUAUCCGACCCUGCGAAAAGCUAUCUGGCUUCUCAGCCGGAUAUAUCGCCUAGUGAAUUCCACCGUCUUUGAUGAUCUCGCUCAUCAAAUUGUCCACCAAACCACUACUUCUCUCCACAACGCCAGCAAUCUCAUUGCCAGCAAAUCCACGCCGGCAGACGGCCAACUCUUCCUCAUGGGCCACCUCCUGAUUUUGAAACAACAAAUCGUCGCUUUUGACAUCGAAUAUGUCGCCCCAGAGGUCUCUUUUGAUUUCUCCGGCGUAUCCAGUACCUUCUGGGAACUGCGCGAACGCGGCGGGCUCUUCAACCCCCGCAAUCUGAUGCGCCUCGUCGGCCACGGCCUUCUCCCCCGAGUCGUGGAGAACAUGCUUGACGCGAAGGUCGAGCUGGACGGCCGCCUUCGCACUGUUAUCAACGACUUUAUCAACGCUUUCGCGGCCCGCAUGACCGCGUCUCUACCGGCCAAGUUCGUCGAUACCCGUAACCUACAGCACGGCGAGCUCAUCCAUCCCUCCUGCCGCACGAUCGAGAAAGAAGUCCCUGGUCUGCGGUCCAUUCUGAACGAGUACAUCGACGACACUCGUAUGAAAGAGACUCUUGUUGGCGCGGUGCAGGACCGCACUAUCCAGAUAUACGAGGAUUUCUUUGACAAAUACACAUCUUCUGGGAAGGGCAAGGGUCAACCCAUUAGCAGGAAGGGCAAGGGCCGCGACGAUGACGUCUGGGACGUCGAAACCUUCGCCGAGUGGUGUGAGGGUGUCUUCCGCGUUGGCGUUGCUGGCUUCCAGGCGGAGAGCCCGGAUCUUGCCCAGGUCGAUGAUGAUCUUUUGAGUAGAAGCUCUUAA